GAGCGUGCCGCGGCAAUGGCAGGGCUUGUUUGUGCGAUGAGCGGCGCUUGCGCGAUGACGCCGAUGGUGUCGAAGAAGACUGGACAUGUCUUCGAGAAGAGCACUAUCCUCAAGUUCCUUCUCGAAACUCAGUCCUGCCCGAUCACUGGGCAAGCGAUGAGCGCAGAGGACUUGAUCCAAGUCAAAGCCAACAGCUCUGUGAAGCCGAAGCCUCCAUCCUCUACCAGCCUGCCGUCGAUGAUCGAGAUGAUGCAGAACGAGUGGGAUUCCCAGGCAGUCGAGACGCAUCUGCUGAGGAAGGAGCUCGACAAGGUGAGAGCUGAGCUGUCCCACACCCUCUAUCAGCACGAUGCUGCAUGCCGCGUUAUCGCCAAAGUUUUGAAGGAGAGAGAUGAGGCGUUGAAAGAGCGCGACGAGGCCAUCGCGGCUCUGAAGGCUGGACGAGUCGCCGUUCCAGCCGCGGCAGAGAGCAUGGAGGUGGACUCAGGACCCACUAUCAGCGAAGCGAUCAAGGAGCGAAUGACCGAAAAAUCGGCUGAACUAUCCAAGGGUAGGAAGAAGCGUGCUAUCUCACCGAACCUCGCUUCAGAGGACACUCUCAAGGGAUUCAAGGAGAAACUCAACAAGGCUGUUCACAAGGGAUCUGCUCCUUCUUGUAUUGAUGUGCAUCUGGAGAACAAUACGAUUGUUACUGGAGGAAUGGAUUCGAAGGUGAUUGUCUCAGAUAGUGCCACUGGCAAGGUUGUUGCAACGAUGUCCGGGCACACCAAACCAGUACGCCGUGUUCUUUUUCACCAAGCGUCGGAUAUGGUAUUCUCUUCAUCAGAGGUUGUCAAGGUUUGGAAAACAGCCCAACAUCUCACAGAUGGAAAGGAGCUCUGUACUUUCAACAAUCACAAGGGAGAAAUCAAUGGAAUUUCUCUUCAUGCUACCGGGGAUUAUCUUGUUUCUGCAUCUGCAGACAAAUCAUGGGCAUUUUAUGAUCUCACAACUGCUGCUUGCUGCCAGGUUGUUCCGGACAAGGAUGCAGCAGGAGGAUACAGUGCUGCACAACUUCACCCUGAUGGUCUGAUUCUUGGUACCGGCACGAUAGACUCAAUGGUGAAAGUUUGGGACAUCAAAACGAUAUCCAAUGUGGUCUCAUUCAAAGCUACUUCCGGUGGAGCGGUGGGAAGCAUUUCCUUCUCAGAGAACGGCUACUACAUGGCCACUACUGGCGCUGAUGGCCUCAAGGUUUGGGAUCUCCGAAAGCUAGCAAAGCAGGCUAUGUUCGAGGGCAACUGGAAGGACGCACGAUUUGAUUACAGUGGAACAUACCUGGUCGGAGCUGGAUCAUCCGUCAAGGUUUGGCUGGCAAAGUCAUGGAAUGAUGUUGUGGAGUUGAAUGGACAUGGAAACGAUGUGGUCGGGGCAGCAUUCGGAAAGGAUGCAAGCUUCAUCGCCAGUUGCUCGAGCGACAAGACUGUCAGGAUGUGGGCUUGA